UUUGGGUGAGCAGCAGUUCGAAAUUGAGACAGUGUUUGAAGUCCUUUGAAGAGACUUUGUGACAGGAAUCGAGAGGAAGGUCACUAACCCGGCAACCAUAGCAGGUGCACCAGCUGGCCGCUGCCCACCAUUGCAGAAGUGGUGAACUACUUGGAGUCAGAUACCAGCCUGGCAUGCAAAGUGCAUGGUCAGUGUAACGAUCUAGCUCAGCUGGGGGGAGAAAAAGAGUCCCGUCUUGAAGCUGCUUUGAUUUUGGACCCUUUUGAUGGACUGAAAAUGGCAGAAAUAAUUGGAUCCACUACAAUAGAUAAUCUCAGUUCACAGAACCUUAUGGCAAAGGCUCUCUACGACAAUAAAGCAGAGACACCUGAUGAGCUGGAAUUCCGUAAAGGAGACAUCCUGACGGUGAUAGAAAGAAAUGUCAAAGGAAACGAGGGAUGGUGGCGUUGCUCUCUGCACGGACGGCAAGGCAUUGCUCCUGGAAACCGUCUGCAGCUGCUCACUGGGUCGCAGUAUGACAUCCCGUCUUUGUACUUGCCACCUUACUCAUCACCGAGCAGGCCAUCACAACAAAAUAUCUACCAGACGCCAAAGAAGCAACAUCAAAACUUGACCUCAACUCCUAGCUCCGGGUCAAAGGAUAAUGUCUAUCAGGUGCCCUCCAUGUCCCAGUCACGCAGUCAGAUCUAUCAAGUGCAGAUGUCAUCUGCUGAAUUCCAUGGCAACAGGGGCCUGGCACAUCGAAAUCACGCAUCUACUCUUCCCAGAGUGGGUCAGGCAUCCCUCCUUAACUCAAUGUCUGGACCUUAUGCUGAUGCAUAUGAUAUUCCACCAUCCUCUGCUCCUGGAAUCCAGCACAGCCAGAUGUAUGGCAGCCCUGGACCAGCAAGGAAGUUCUCAAUGUUCCAAACUGAAGCAGAGAAGUCUCUAAUCCAGCAGCUGUACGACAUUCCACUGAGCCUUGAGACGCCCAGAGCUGCAGUCCCACAGCAGGUGUACGAUGUUCCUCCCAGUGUAUGCAGAGAUGGGCCGAAUAGAGAGAGCAACUACGACAUCCCGGUGUCUUACGGAGGCGAUCCCCAGAGGUUGUCGGUCGGGCCGCAUUGCACCCUGCCCGCUCCCCGCAAACUCAGCUGGGACCCAGCGGACGCCAGCCGGGCUGCCAAAGCCGAGCUGUACGACGUGCCGCUCCCCAGGGACGGAGCCGCCGUGCCCAGGAAAGCCCUGUACGAUGUUCCUCCCACCACGGGCGGCGCUGGAGGCUGGGGUUCGCCUCAGCACGGCACGCUGCCGGCCAGGCUGCAACAUCCGGGCACUGCCCGCCAGGCGCUGUACGACGUACCCCCGGCGGCAGCGGCGGCGGCGCAGCGCUCCCUUUAUGACGUACCCCCAGCCCCGGCGGCGCGCGAGUGGGCCGACUCCAACCGCCGCCUGUCGAAGUUUCCAGAAGUCUACGACGUCCCGGUGGGCGCCGCCAGGCUCGGCCCGGACGCCGCGCAUCACAACGUUUACGACCUGCCCAGGCUCUGCCCCGGAGGCGCCAGGAGCCCCGCGGAGCCCGUCUACGAUGUGCCCCCGCAGGUGUCCAGGGACGGGCAGGCCUCCCGGGUGGAGAAGGAGCCCGGAGCCCAGCCCCGGCCCGAGCCCGGCCCCGCGGUGCCCGACACCGCCCGGGAGAUCACCCUGGACGUGGAGAUGGCCGUCGGCCGCUUGGUGCAGCUGCAGCAGCAGGUCGCCGACUCGGUGGGCAGCAUCAUGGUGUUCGUCAGCAGCCGGUGGAGGCAGCUGUCCUUGCUGGAAGAGAACCUCGGCCAGAUCCGCUCGGCGGCCGGGCAGGUGAUGAAGUCGCUGGGCGCCCUCAUGGACUUCGUGAGGGGGGUGAAAGUCAACGCCGCCCGCCUGACGGAUGGCAACCUCCAGAACCGGCUGUACAAGCAGCUCCUGAUCCUGGAGGACUCCUACCAGAUCAUGGUGGAGACCUGCCAGGCACUGGGCACCUCGGACUGGUCCCUCGAUGUCCUGGUGGUGAGCGACCCUCAAGCCAACCCUGACGACCUUGACCGCUUCAUCAUGGUGACCCGGACCGUCCCAGACGAUGUGAAGCGACUUGCGUCCAUUAUAAUUGCCAACAGCAAGCUUCUCUUCAACCAGGUGGCAGCGAGGAAGGAAAGUCAGUGUCAGCAGCCAUCCCCUUCCACGCCGGGCAAACCCCAGCCCACCAGUGACCACCAGCCUCGUCCGCAGAGGAAGAGCAACGGGCUCUCUAUUAAACAUAAAGCCCCACUGCCAACGCCUCCAAGGAAAGAACACAAUUCAAAACCAAGCAACCUGCCAAUCGCCAAGCAGACUCACAUAGAAGACUGCGAUUACGUCCAGUUACAGAGGAAAGAGGAAUUCAAAAGGCAAGAGCAAAAAAAGGAAAGCAUCAAACACCAAGAGAGAGAGAGCUUCAAGCAAAAGAAGCUCCUUUUAGAACGAAAGAUGACAGAAGAAAAAAUUCGAAAACCAAGAGAUGGCAGUAUUAAAGAGCUGAAGGAGACCCAGUCCCUGACCUCUGGCAAUGACCAAUGCAGAAUGUUCUUCAAUGCCCUGCAAAAGGCUAUCAUCGCGUUCACUGACAAUGUCAGUGAAAACCAGUCCUCUGAAGUUUUAAUCAAAAACAGCAAAAUAGUGAUAAUGAUUGGUCAAAAGCUGGUGGACUUGCUGUGCCGUGAGACUGAACAGAAGAAUAUUCACAAAGAGAUGCUUAGUAGAAGCAAUCAGUUCUGUGGAUGGAUGAAAAAGGUCGCCAUGGCAACUAAGAAUGCAGUAAUGCAGCCAAACCCCACGGCCUUGCAAGAGAUGAAAGAUCAGGUGGCAGAACUAUCUCAGCAGGCAGAACAUCUCAGGCUCCUAUUAGAGCAAGCCACAUCUUAGAGGGGAGCUGAAAACUGAGAAGCAUUUUAUUUUAUCUCUUGGCUAAAAUUCACUUUACAAAAACAAAGAUUUUUGCAUUUUUUCUAAUUUGUUUUAUCUCUUGCCAUUUGAUUUAAGCCAGUUUUUUAAUGAGACAAAGUGCAGUGUAGCAAACUGGGAUCAAGGUUUUAUUCAAUAACUGGUUAAACUGAGGAAGAAGCUAACUGCUAGAUUUUCAAUCAGUUAAAACUUUAUUCCUGUGCAGUGACAUCACAUUUUCUGUAUUUAUGGCUAAACUAAACAGUAUUUAAAGUUUGUGCGAAGAUUUGUAGCUCGGGUGCUUGUUGUAGUGGUUCUGUUCGCCGAGCUGGAAGUUUUUGUUGCAAACGUUUCGUCCCCUGGCUAGGAGACAUCAUC